CAGGGUGAGUUCACUCACUUCUUGCUCAGGGCUUUGCAGCCACAGUGAGCCUUGGCUGGGGAGACUGGAAGGAUCAGAGGUCCAGGCAAGACCCAGGGCAGGACGAUGGCCAGUGGCAGCAGCGACCUCAGCACCAGGAUGUCUGAAGAAGAAAAGCGUAUCUAUGACAUUGCUCUCUGCCACUUCAAAACACAGAAAGUCAAAAUUUCAAAUAUAAUAAAAGUAUCAUUUCCUUUCCUUGAACUUCUCCGUGACUAUGGAUUCAUCAGCAAUGAAAUAUAUGAAAAGUCUAAGGAAUCUUUUAAAACACCGGGUUCGGAACAGAAAACCAUAAUUGAUGUUCUCAAUGAAGUGGAGAAGACAUUUAACCUGUCCCUUCUGGAAGCAUUGUUCAGCGAGGACAUCAUGGACACCUACCCUGGUUUAAAUGAUAUUUAUAAAACCUUCAAAAAAGUGAUACCAAACAUAGAACAGUUCCUUAAAAGUGAUGGAGAAGAAAAUGAGGAGAGGCCUGAUAUCCAACAGAGCCUUGAACAAGAGGUCGACAGUGAGGACUCCAGAGAAUCCAGUGAUGGAGAUGAGCCCUCCGAAGCUUUAAGGCAGAAUCAGUUGGUUCACAGCUCAGGGAGAAACACACAACUGUCCGUGCAGGCUCUUACAAAGGCAAUGAGUUCCAGAUUCCCACAACGCUGGUCUUCAGGGUCUCACUGGGGAUACAGACAUUGUUUUAUCUUCCAGCUGGAAAAUGCAGAGAAAUGCAAGAUCUGUGGAGAUGAAGGAAAGCUCUUCAACUGCAGCUGGUGUUUCAGCUUCUUCCAUGAGGACUGUCACAUCCCUCCUGUGGAAUCUAAGAGGUUCCAUUGGAAAUGUACAUUCUGCACAAUACAAGUGUCUUCAAGAAGUCAGCAGUGUUAUAGUGAAUCUGGUCUGGAGAGACAGAUGGGGCCGGAAGAGAAGUCAAAAUGUGAAUUCCUACUCCUAAAGGUCUAUUACCAUUUAGAGAGCAAAAUUUUUCUGAAUAUUCCACACGAACAUUAUGUUCAAAAGGCUUCUCAAUGCCUAGAGGAACUUAGGACAUUGGACGAAAUCAAGAAGAGUUUAAUUGAGAGAUGUUACCUCCAAGUGGAGGAGUUUGUGUUGGACAUGGAUCGAAUUUUUGAGGACCCCAGGAUAAUUGGCUCUCCCUGCUUCCAUUUCAUUUUCUUUCCAUUAAGUCACUCUGCCAACAUUUCCUGGUGCUAGGAAAUUUUAGAGUUUCCCUCAUCCUAUGGCAAGCC